GCAUUAAAACGUCAGGUUAUAAUAUAUGAUAACCUUCAGGAAGUUUAUUGAAUCAUUAAAUAGAUGAUCUAUAAAUAUUAUUAUGUUGUCUUCAGAUUCAGUAAUCAUAAUGUUGGUUAAAGGUAAAGUUGUUCUUGUAUCUGGUGGAGCUUCAGGAAUUGGAUUAGCUUGUAUAAAAGAGCUAUUACAAAAUGAAGUUUUAGGAAUCGCUUUGGUUGAUAUAAACGAACAAAGAGGAAUUUCAAUUACGGAAGAUUUAAAUAACAAAUACGGACAAGGAAAAGUAAUAUACAUCAAAGCAAAUCUAAUAAAUAAAAACGAAUACGAAGAUGCUUUUAAGAAAACCGUUCAAUGUUUUAAACAAUUAGAUAUUUUCUUCAACAACGUUGGGUUAUUUGAGGAACAUGAUUACGAAAAUUGUUUAAAAAUAAAUUUGCUUGGUUGUAUUCAUGGAUUAAAGUUAGCUAUAGACGAAUAUCUUCCAAAGUAUAAAAGUGAAUCCACAGCAAUUAUAAUUAACACAUCUUCGGUAGCCGGACUGAUGCCUUUUGCAGGAAUUGAAAUUUAUAGCACAACCAAAUUCGCCUUAAUCGGUUUAACCAGAAAUUUUGGGUGUGAUUAUCACUAUAAAAGAACAGGAGUCAAAGUAAUGGCUUUAUGCCCUGGAGCAACAGAUACAGCUAUAUUUAAUCAAUUGCCUACAAGGAUGGUUUAUGAUGAUAAUUUAGAAAAUCUUCUAAAAUAUACAGUAGAUAUGCAAAAACCUGAAGAAUUAGCAAAGUGCUUUAUUCGGGUUAUCGAAAAAGAACAUAAUGGUUCUGCUUGGUUUAUUAAUGAGGGAAAAGAAAUUGAGGUUGAAUAUCCAAAAUUGGUAUCUUUCUAAGUAAUUAAUCUUGUAUUAUUCUAUAAAGGUAUUGUGUAUUUUCAUGGAUUAAACUAACGAAAAGAAG